CCCCCGCUCUUCCGCGUCGCCGCGCUGGGCGGGACCUUCGACCACCUGCACGCCGGGCACAAGAUCCUCCUCAGCAUGGGCGCGUGGGUGGCCCGCGAGAAGCUCAUCGUCGGCAUCACCGACGACGCGCUGCUGCGCAAGAAGGCGCACAGGGAGGUCCUGGAGAAUGUCGCCUUGCGCACGGCACGCACGCGCGCGUUCCUGGAGCGCUUCAAGCCCGGCCUGCACUACGACAUCGUGCCCAUCAGCGACGUGUACGGGCCGACCGCCUGGGACCCGGACGUCCAGGCCCUCAUCGUCAGCAAGGAGACGUUGUCUGGCGCAGCGUCCAUCCAUAGGCUGCGGCAGGAAAAGUCGCUCCCGCCGCUGCACACGUUCGUGAUCGACGUGAUCUCG